GGGAUUUCUCGAGCCGCCAGCUUCCAGCUGGCGUGUCAGUUGUUGUUUGCUUUCAACACAGUUAUAAGUUACAGUUUUUUUUGGCCCAUGACACCAGUCGGGGGCUUUCUAGGGCUUUUAGACCAAGCGCUCGCGCCCCGGAGCCGACCGUGCGUGCGCACACAGCGCUUAUGUGGGCGCAAAAGACAGCACACGCCAAAUGUAGGCCGCCUAGGCUGAUAAAGGGUCAGAGAAGCGCGACAUCCAGCUCUAGCUCUCGCGCUUUCGCGCUUUCGCUUCCUUGACUUCUGCUUUUGCGCUGUUCUCUACUUCAAAAUGGUGCAGGCGACGACGGUGCAGGGGCGUGCUGACCGUGGUGACGGGGGCGACUCCAGCACGGUCGAGGCACAAACUGCCAAGCGCCUCAAAUUGGAGAAUGAGACGCUCAAGGAGAAGCUCAAGGAGAAGGAUGAAGAGAUUCAAGAGAUCAAGGCCAAGUUACAAGCCAUCAAUACCCUCGUUGAGGCGCUGGCCAAUCGCGAAAUCACGCCGGAUCAGCUGAGGCUCCAGAUGCAGGCGAUCGUGCAGGCUGAUGAGAUCGGCGGCGGCGGAAGCGGCGGUGGUGGCGGAGGGGCGAAUGGAGCCGGGCCCUCCGCGCCGCUGCUGGCGGCGGCGUCUGCUCACCAGCAGGUGCCGGACACGCAAAGCGGCAUGGCGGCGGCGGCGGCGGCGCAGCAGCAGCAGCAGCAGGCUGGAGGAGACGGCGGCGUCGACGAGGCGGCGGUGGCCUCCGCGCAUCCUGCGGGCGCGGCUGAUGCCCCGCUGGCGGCCAUGAACACCGUCAGCAACAGCAGCGGCGGACGCGAAGAGGGCGACGCCAUGGCGGUGGCGCCGGCCGCGGAGGGCGUGGCCGCGGCGGCUGCGGCGGCGCCUGGUGGUGCGGCUGUGCCCAUGGAAUCAGGGGUGUCGGCGGAGGAGGAGGGGGUGGCGGCGGCCACCAUGGCGGACUCCCACUCGCCCGCCGCCUCCGGAACCUCCGCCGGCGGGUCCACCAAGUCGCCCGGCACAGCUGGGCCCGCGGCCGCGGCCGGGCUGCCGGCGGCUGCCGUGCCCACUGCCUCUCGCAUGGGCGGCGCGGCGCACACGGGCGGUGGCGGCGGCCCCAAGCGUGGCCGUGCGGCCUCCGGCAGCGGCAGCGGCAGCGGCAGAGGGCAUGGAGGCGGCGGCACUGCGGGUCCGGCUGCUGGCGGGGGAGGAGGCGAAGGUGCGGCCGCGGGCCGGCCCGGCCCGGCAUAGGGCUGUCUCCCUGGUCAGCGGCGGCAGUGUGCGGUCGGCGCGCAUGCAGUUGUGUUGUUGAUGCUGUGACAUUCGUUUCAUCAUUGGCAGGAGAGAAAUAGAACGGACAAGGCAGGGAGUUAUCGGCAGCGGUGUGUAUGUUUGCUGGCGUGCUGGCACAGCGCGGCAACAAGAGCGGCCACAGGCCUGCAGUCAAGCACGGGGCUCUUUUGCGGUGGGCCGGCUGGCAGUAAUUGGCAGGGUUGUAGGGCAUGCGUGUGAAGCAAGCCGGAAGAUUCUGGCCCGAGCCCGCAAGUAUCACAAGUCCGUAACUCUCCUGAAGCUAAGCCGGGCCAUCACCUUGACCGUGGCAAACAGCAUGCCCUUCACGGUCUCAACCUGAGCAGGCAUAACCCUGUGUACGUGUGCGUGUGUGUGCGUGUGUGUGUAACUAGACCCGUAC